ACUGCAUCUGCGACAUCAACUCACUUCUUCUCGUCGUGCACUUGACUUCCCGCAGAUCUCGAGGACCAUCGUCUUGAUACCUUUCUUGUCUCAUUAUCCUCCAGAGUCAACAAACACAUUCUUAUCGACUACUCUGUACAACAUUCAGCUUCCCGCCUUUCCUUUCUUCCAGUCGGUCCCAAGCCAUACAGCCUCCGCCCGCAGCGAACCAGCCGACUCAAGAGCGAACCACCGUCCUACCAUUCCUACCCCACGGAUAUCAAUGCCCUUGUAGAGUCGAGGUAUCUGCCAUGACCAAGAGGUGACCAUGAACCGUGGGCGCAUGCAGGACGUCGCAUCUCUCAAAGAAUGAUUCCUCCCGAGUGUGGCGCACCGACGCAUCGGACAUGAUGAAUCCGAACAAGGCGACCUAUCCGCCAUUGCAAAGACACAGGAGGAGGUCUGAUCAUAUGUCGCCCACCUCGCCCUCGAACCCUCGUCGAACCGUCGAUCGUACCAACAGAUAUAGCGACAACCUCAGUUCCGCUGAUGCCAACCCGGCCACCGAUGACUCGGACAGCCCAUCUCUCAAUCUGACCCUCUCCUCUCCUACCUACGACCGAUAUCGUGCCCUGCCUUCCGCGCCUCCCGGUCUGAAUACUUUCGGAUUCGAGUCAAGACACCAUCAGAGAUCUUCCGAGGAUCAUGGUCGUGCAAGAUAUCGUACAUCGGACGAGGAUGCUCGUCCUGCUACAAGCGAUGCCACCGAUCCGCACCUGGCAUCCCCAUAUCAAACUACGCGGACCAUGGGACAAUACUCGGACUUGCCCCUGAGACCUGCACCUGUCACAUACAACACCAGUCCCGACAGUUUCAAGGAUCACAUCUAUGAGCGUUCAGUACCGAGACAUGAAGAGCACACGCUCUCUCCCACAUUCCGCACCAACAGUUUCCCUUCUCCGGGUCUAGACAGACCUUCGUUCGAUGAGGCACACCAUGUCAAGGCCCAUGCUGGAAAGAAGAGCAGGCUGAACUUGCUUAAUCCUAUGAGCCUGCUCGCUCGACGACGCUCGUCACAAAAUCAAAAGCUCGACGAUGUCAACCUCAGUAUCAAGACCUUCUCGGUUCCUGCCCUCCCCGACGACUUCGACCCCAGCAUUCGAGGCAAGGUUGUGCACGAUUUUUCCGCUCCUCGCACUCGUAGGCUUCCCUCUCAGAAUGACCUGGGCAGUAUCGAUUCGCCGGCAGUACGAUCAGCAGACCCUCUGCGAUGGCAUGAGCCCCCUAGCGGAAGAUUGUCCACAGGCGGCACUCCAAACCUCAACCACAGUCCCAUGUUCAAAGAGCAUUUCCAAGACGACCGGCCAACUUUGCGACCAGAUAGGACAGGGUACUUGCAUAAUUUCAAUGCCUCGCAGAUUGCACACGAAUCACAGGACUCGGAAAGCGUGCCUGCAUUCGCAAAGCGACUACCUGCUGCGGUACCACAAACUGAUUCAGACUCCAAACCUCCACCCGUGGAAAAGCCAAAUGCACCCCUUCCACAUAUUCCACCUGGCGAGCCGUCACCUCCUCCGCCGACACCCCCGCCAAAAAGCACUCCUUCGCCAAAAUUCGAUCCUCCGCCACCAGCAGCACUGCCCAAACAUAUGACCAGCACUUCGUCUCGUUUCAGCUUCCAAAUGGGAGGCUCCGGCUCCUCAGCCCAGGAGAAAUUGCUCGAAGAGAAACAUAAGCAACACGAGGCUACGAGGAAGACCGAUUCACCUGAUGUGGACGAAGAGGAUGACUACGCCAACUACGACUUUGAUGCUGACGAUGGCUUCGAGGAAAAGAUCCCCGGCGUCAAUGCGGAUUAUGACGAACACGAUGCCUUUGGUGACGACAUCCCUGAAGGAAAUGCACUGGUUGCUCGUUACGACGAUCCUGCUCCCGAUGUGUCCAUAUGCAGCACUUCGCCCCACGUUCCGCCGCCCAUCAAAACUCAGCAUACCGAUCUGCAAAGGGCUUCCUUCCAAGGGUUUCACUUUACGCCACAGUCGCUGACUUUUAGCCCAACAAGCACCAACAAUGCCUCUCAACCUACGCCCCGUGACAACGAGGGAUUUCCAAUCGGAAUCGCAAACUCCAGAGAGUCUUCCCAGCAUGGCAACCCCGAGAGAACCGACAAAGAUACAAUGGACGAUGGCCAGGUUGCGAUGUUGGGAGGCCUCGGCAUUUCUACAGCUGAAGUCCGCGGCCGACGAACCUCGUAUACGACGCGUCCACAAGGUCAAAUCUUCCACGACGACGACCUAUACUUUGAUGAUGGCGAGUUCGGCGACUUCGACGCCGACAUGACCCCCGGCGAGUUUGACGAGGCAAUUUUCGACGACGACACGGGCAGAAUACGCGACAUCCCCGCCGAAAAUGCACUCAGAUUCGAGGCAGCUCGGGAAUCAACGACUCUCGAAGCCGAAGCCCAGUCCAACAAUUCCUUGGACGAUGACGCUCACGCAAGGUCUUCUGGUGACUAUGGAAGUCAGACAAACGCUCCUCGGGCAUCUCUUGAUCCCCAUCACACCGAUUCAAAUUAUCCAGCGCAGAAAAGUAACGUUUCUGGUCUCACGGAGACGAAUCUCGCGGCUUAUCACGACGCGUUGGCUUUGGCGGCCAACCAGGCGGCUGCAGAGGGCAAAUUCGACCGCAAAGUGAGUUUUGGCCAGAAUUCCGACGACACGUCUGAUCCACCAAGUCAGAGGAGAGUGAUCUCGGACGAUAGUCGCCUUAGUUACAAUUUUAACUCUGCCAUUGCUGAAGACGACGGCUUCCCCUUUGACGAUGAUCUCGACGAUGACCCUAUGAUUGCCGAGGCCAAUGCGGAGGCGCUUGAGAAUGAUGAUGAAGGAUUCUAUGGACGCGAGUUUGGCUUCUAUGCUCGGUCCUAUAGUAAAGGAGGUACGGAUCUUGUUAAUGGCGGAUACUUUGCAGAACGUGGUUCGAAUGGCAUCAAGCGAAGUCACAGCGGCAAAGCGAACUUCCAAGAACCCAGUUUGACGCCAAUCACUGAGAGAAGCGAAUGGAGCACGAGGAACUCGGUCGCAUCCUUGCAAAUACCCGGUGGCUUGCCAGCUUCGGCACAGUCUCUCCCCAGCCCAGGAAUUGCCCAAUUACUUGAACUUGAUUCGCCCGCCUAUGACGAAGACAUGAGCUUCAGUGCACUUUUGAAACUCCGCGGAAGGACGUUUGGGGGUAGCUCCUCAAGUGUCAGUAGCUCAGCAGCCGGCCACCCUUUGAGUUCACCGUUGGCUCACUACUCCAACCCUCCGUUCCCGCCCGGAGACUUUGGCUCGAGAAUGUCAGCAUCGAUUAACGGUCGAUCGCCAUCUGCCGACAUUCCUGAAUCGGAAGAAGAAGACGACGAGAACGAAAGGCCGACUUUGACGCAGAACACUCCUAGAAAGAAGACUGUGGAUCACCAUCAGGUCAUGACAUCUCAAGAGGAAAUGCCGGCGUCUCCCGGAUGGCUGAGUAGCGAGCGGCGCAAGGGACACCACAGCCGGACCAGCAGCGGAGCCGACAGCGUGACAUAUUCGCGCGAUACGGAUGGACGAUGGGUAUUGGAAAGGAGGAGGACCGAUGAAGAGAGUGGAAUUGAAGAGAUUGUCGAUCGCGAAGUGUUGGCGGGAGCACGAAUUUGAUCAAGAGAUGGACAUGGAUGCUUUUGCUCGUAGGAAACGAGUUAGGGGUCUUGUUGGCUGAGAGAAUAACACACGAAUCAAAUAUAUGACCAACUACAUGUGGCAGAGAAGAAGUGGUGGUCUUUUGUCUGUUUUGUCCUUCUUUUGUGGUGUUUAGACGGCGAGAAAGAGAAAAGCUUUUGAGAGAGGGGCCCCUUUUCACAUACACGACCAUUUUGGUUUACAUCAGAUACCUCUACGCAUAGGUAGGUAGUAUAUACCUAGUCAGUUUCAUGAUACCCUUGUGGCUUUGCAC